AUGUUGCCAGGCCCAUUGAAGGGCAUGCCAGCAGCACCCAAGCCAAAACCACUGCUCUCCAAGGGUUGGCCUGCCUGGUCCCGGUGUAAAGGUGAAGCUUGUGAUUCUUUGACUGUAGCUUUUGGCUUCAGCUUCAUGACCACGGCACCUGCUUGCCAAGGGUGCCGUGGGAAAUACUCCCUCCUGUACCCGGGAGUGGAGCAGUGCGAGGUUUGCAAUAGCCUCUACCGUGUUGGGCAUCUGGUGUGGGGACCCAGAUUCCCGGUGGCAUUACGCGUGCAGGCGGCCCGUGCUCUGCAGCAGUGUCACCUUCAGCUUCUUUCAGAGGCUGAUCAAUACUACUCCCAGGUCGAGGGAGUAGUGCGACCCCGUGGGGUAGGGGCCGCUGGUGGGAGUGGACAAGGACCUCUCCCGUUCCCUGAACCAGUCGCCUUCCCUGGUUUCAGCGCUGCCAAAGUCGAGACUGCCGAGCCCACUGUGCCUGCCCCUGCCGAGAAAGUCAAGAAAGAAAAAGUGAAAAAGAAAGACAAAGCUGCCAAGAAAUUGCCAUCUUCAUCAGCCCGCGAUCGUGAAGGAAGCCCUGCAAAAGAAAGGAAACGCCAUCGACGAGACGAGGACAAGGACUCCGUGCCAGCUUCCCUACACGUCAAAAGGGAGCCUGUGGAGGAAGAGCGACCCAGGCACGGUCUUGUGGAACUGAAGAAGGAGUCCCGGGAGGAGGAGUCCUACGAGUCUGAGAGUCCGGUCCCUAGGUCCUUGAGUCGGAGCAAGUCCCCUAUCCGCCGACGACCGGGAGGAGCAGAGCGGCCUGUUUCUCCCCCGGGUCCUCCUCCCCUCGCCCGUGACGUCAGGGAGGAAGAGUACCCCAGGUCUCGUUGGCAAGGGCCGAUUCCAGCGGGUGGACCUCGGCGGCCUGCGCCCCCGCCUGAGGAGCCUGCGGGCCUGGCCCCAAAGGUCAAACCCAAGAAGAAAAAGAAAAACAAGGGCAUCAAGAAGAAGGCGCGUGUGCAACGGCGUGGUCUUCGUCGUCCUGCCGGAGCUGUUGAAAAAUCUUUUGAGGAGAAAGGGGAGGUUGCUGUCCAUACAGUACCUCCUGCCGACCUCUUGUCUUCAGGGAGGUUGGUGUUCACAGAGGCUACAUAUUGGAAAGAGAAAACGCAGGUCAUCGGUGUUCCAGUGGGGCUGAAGAAAGAGGAGGAUCAAUGGUGGCUUACAUUGAAAGUGGAAGGCACCAAAAGCGAGCAUUUGCUGAAACACCUUUCCGGGGUUCCAGCCCGCCGUUUGAAGGGGCACAUAUGCCCGGACGAUUGCAGUCAGGAGCUGUCGAGCAAUUCGAUUAUCCACUUGGUGAAGGUGAAGAAGGCGAGUGCAGACGAAGCCGAGGGGUGGAUGACAAACCUGGUGGAAGCAGCUCCGGGAGGGGUGGACGAGCUGGAGGCCUUGAGAGCAGAAGCAGAGAAGGCCGCCUCCGUGAGUCCGAGCCCUCCCCGAAAAGACAAAAAGAAGAAGAAGGAGAAGGUAGAAGAGAGGAAAGGCCGGGAUCGGUCAAAGAAACGCAGCCGCAAGAGGAGCGUCUCAAGGCAAGGUCAGAGGAAGAGAGGCAGCAGAGAUCUGGCCGUGAUCCUAGGAGACAGCGGUUUGGAUCCCGAGCCAAGCCGUCGAAAGAAGGUGAUGAAACGUGCAAAAAGGCUGAUGAAGAAACGAAAAAAGAAGGCCAGCUCCUCCAGCACUGGGAGCUCGGCCAAGGACAAGAGCGAGACCGACUCGUCUUCCUCAGUGAUGGAGGCCAGCGGCAUCUUCGGGGAGACAAAGAUGGCAAAGAGAAUUUGGUCAAGAUGCCCGGGAGUCUUGACCGCGACUUCAUUGUCGUCGGUUCAGGAACAACUCCUGAACACCCAGGGGCAGAUCUGGGACAUAAACCGCCAAGAACUUCCACCUCUUUUCCUUCAAUACUUCAGGACCCACUUGGCUGCACGAAUGCAACCAGCAAUGCGACGGGAGGCCUUACACACCUCCUUCUGUCUGGACCUGGGCCUGCAAGGCCGAGUGCCGGAGCUUUUGGAUGUUCUGGCACAACGCCUCAAGGCGUUAGAGGGCCAGACGGGAGGAAAGCACUGGACAGUGACCUCCCAGUACGAACUGGUUCCGGAGGAGUUGGGCACUGUAGCUACGGCGGUGGAGACGGAGCAAGCCGCCCGAGAAGCCCGCGAGGCAGGUCGCCUGCGGACCGUUGCAACCCGGGCCUACGGCAGCAGUCAAGGUGCCGAUCGAGGAGACGAUUGGAGGAGAGAGGUGAGCAAAGGCAAGGCCGGCAAGAGCUCCGGAAAAGGGAAGGAUUGGCGAAAGGGCGACAAGGGCGACUACAAGGACACCAAGGGGAACAAGGAUGGCGAGAAAGACAGGGACAAGGCUUUACAUGUGGGACAGCCAAUGGGAGUAGGGCCUCCUUCCCCAGGAGGUCAAACUCCGGAUGUAUGCAAGCGUGAAUUAGGAGCAAAGUCUCCAUUUUGUUUCACUUCAGAUACAGUUCCCGCUGAAGAGAGGAAGAUUGGGCCGUCCCAAGAGUACUCUCCAGUGGGCCCAUGCGUGGACACUACGAAGCCGGUGAGUGAUUCUUGCCGGGGCUUGGAAGGCAAGGACCUGGUAGCCAUGGGGGACAUUCUCAGUUCUAUCUUGGAUGAGUUUCAUGUGAAAGGUUUUAUGCAUAGCAAGUCUCAGUCCUCGGGGCUGGUACCUAGCUGCAUUUUUCCUUUGCCCCUCUCAUCCGAGAUUUUGGGGAGUUCUCCAUAUGGUAGCCUGGCCAGAGCGACUUGUCAAGCUUUGAACCUUCUCUACGGCGAGUCGGAUGGCGGAAAAAAGAUGCGACCGAGUGGAGCCAGGGACAGGGCCCUUAAGUUCAUUCUCCAGUGUGUGGAGACGGUGGGGUCGUGGAAUGAAGUGUUUCCCCGAUUGUCUUUCGACACGUUCUUUAAGUCCAAGGGUGUAGACUAUCGGGGGGAAGAAGUUAGGCUGGCUCAGCGGGUCACAUGGGAGACGAUCUCUCCUGCCAUGCCUCCUGAAGUGGGAGGCGUUUCACUUUUGGAUUUCUGUUCUUUGGGAACUAGGCACUAUGUGGAAAAUUUCUCUAACUAUCUGGUACCACCUGAAAAGCGUUUUCUUGGGCGGCCGCCCCUUGUGAUGGUCGAUGACAGUGAAUGGGCGUCAGUUUGUGAGGGCUUACUGGCGCGUCGAGUGUGUGGCAUCAUUCCGCUGUCACAAGUCUGUCACGUUCAGGGCCGCCCUAUGUUGGGUGGACUUUUCGGGGUUGGAAAGAAUGAAUUUGUGGGCCAGAAGGAGGUCAUGAGGUUAAUCAUGAACUUUGUGCCGCUGAACGAGAAUUGUAAACCGCUGGACUCGGACAUUUCAACCCUUCCAGGGAUUUCAGGGCUCAGCCCGUUCCUCCUGGAGGGUGGGGAGGUGGUUCUGGUGUCGAGCGAAGACAUUAGAUGCUUUUUCUAUUUGUUUGAACUUCCUUGCUCAUGGUUUCCAUUUCUCGGUUUCAACAAGUUGAUCCCUCAGCACAUCUUGCCACCUGAGUUGGCAGGGCAGCAGUGCGUGCUGCAUGCGCGCGUAUUGCCCAUGGGGUUCCGCAACAGCGUGGGGAUUGCACAACACGUGCAUCGCAACGUCAUCCGCCACGCCCUCCUCGCAUGUACCCCUCCUGUGUCGGGAGAAGGGGAAAUGAGGAAGGACAGACCCAGCUCUAGCAGCAAGGAGUGUUACAGGAUCUAUUUGGACAACUUUGAUGUUAUCCGACGUUGUGACCCUGAUACCGCCGCCCUUGUGGAGGGAGAACCCGGCCUGAUGACUCUCGUUGCCCGCCAGGCGUAUGCCAAUGCCGGUCUCCCGAGGCACCCCAAGAAAGCUGUUUGCCAAGUGUCUAAGGCAGAAGUUCAGGGUUGCAUCCUGGACGGGCAACAGGGGAUAGCCUACCCCAAGCCGCAGAAGGUUGUUCUCUACGUCAGCCUGGCACUGGAACUCCUGCAGCGGGGAGUGGCCAACCAGCGCGAAAUGCAAGUCGUUUGCGGAGGAUUCGUUUACUUUUGCAUGUUUCGUCGCCCAUUACUCUCCGCCCUGAACGCAGUGUGGCGGUUCAUUGACAGCCUCAAUGGGGAGCCGCCUGUGGUGCGGUUGCCUCUGCCCCCUGAGGUCAGACUAGAGCUGGCUCGGUUUUGUGCGCUUGUGCCGUUGGCUAGGCUUGAUUUCCGGUUGCAAGUGGCUGGGCGGGUGACCGCUUCGGACGCCUCCAGCUCUGGAGGCGGAGCGUGUGUCUUGUCCGUGGGCCUGUUCGAUGGUGUGGGGUGCCUACGUAUGGCCUGUGAUGUGUUGGGACUUCCUAUGGCAGGACAUGUGAGUGUCGAAAAGUCACCAGAAGGGCGUAGGGUUGUUGAAGCUGCGUUUGCCAGCUCCAUCUUUGUGGAGGAUGUCAACAUAGUCGACGAGGAGAUGGUGGCUGGCUGGGCGUGUCGCUUCAGUCAGGUGGGCCUGGUCUUGUUGGGAGCUGGACCUCCCUGUCAGGGAGUGUCAGGCCUCAACGCCGACAAACGUGGGGCAUUAAAAGAUUUGAGAAGCUGUCUCUUCCAGCAUGUCCCCCGUAUCAAGGAACUCCUCCGCAAGGGUUUUCCUUGGGCCCAGGUGAGGUGUAUAAUGGAGUCGGUGGCUUCCAUGGACAUCGCUGAUAGGAAAGUGAUGAGUGAAGCGGUUGGAAUAGUUCCCUACCGUAUUGAUGCGGCGGGAGUUUCACUGGCCCACCGGCCUCGCCUGUAUUGGUGUGACUGGGAACUCCUGGAGAUGGAGGGAGUGACGCUGCAGUUUUCUCAAUCUCCUGAAUGGGGGGAUUUCCAUCAAGCUCAGCUCACCGCAUCCCUUGAACCCACCCACUAUCUGGAACCAGGUUGGGACCUUCAAACGCCUGAACAGAGGCAACCCACAUUUACUACUUCACGACCGUCCAAUCUACCGGGACGCAAGCCCGCCGGGCUAGCCUCCUGUGACCCUCAUGAGAUUCAGCGGUGGACUGAGGACCUGCACCGGUUCCCCCCAUAUCAAUACCGAGAUGCGAAUUGCCUUCGUCACCGUACUGGGCGGUUGCGAGUGGCCUCCUUAGUGGAGCGGGAGGUCAUCAUGGGCAUGCCAGCCCAUCACACUGCUCAGUGCUGGCCCAAGGGGCGACGAACUGGAGAUCGAUACCAGGACGCUCGUCUAUCCUUGGUGGGGAAUGCUUGGUGCGUUCCCGUCGUGGCCUGGCUUAUUGGGUGCCUUGGGAGUUUGUUGGGAUUGUGUCGCUCUUUCACACCACAGCAGAUCAUACAGCUUUGUCGUCCAGGGGGCUCGGGUGAGCUGCAGCAGUUGUUGCUGAGGCCUCCUGUGCGCCGGCAUACAACUGUGCCGGAUCAGCAAGGCCUGCGAAAGGAACUCAAAAGGGACUUGUUGCUGGUGGCCAGGGUCCAGCGAGACUCCUGGGGUGCAGAGGCGGCUGCCAACCAGGUGGACGAUUUGGAAAUUGAUUGGAUGCAGGACGAGUUCCAUGCGGGCCGUGUGUGUUUGGUUGAUGUGACCAAAAAUGUUUCAAUGGUCAGAUGUCCUGCGUCGAAUCUGUCGCGAGACGUAUAUGUUCACCAAUCUGUUGCAGAACCCAGCGCACUGGCUGUGAAUGACGUUGUUUGUUUCAAGAUCCACACGAACAAACACGGCCUGCCACAGGCCUCUGCCCCAUUGUGGAAGCGUAUUGGCACUGAUGCUACCGACAGCGUGGUUCGCUUCGGCGAAUUCCAGGGCCUUGUGGUGAGAUUGGAUGACGGGUCUAUUUCCAUUGACUGCGCAGAAGUGAUCCAGCUGCAUGGCAAAGACGCGUCGAUGUCAGAGGAGUCAAUGAAUGCGUGCGGCCUCGUUGAGGGGAACUUCAUUUCCUUCGAAGUGUCACUUGAUGACAAUGGGGAUCCACAGGCUCUUCCGCCUUGCUGGAUUUGCUGCUCUUCUGAGAGAUGGGUCAAAGACCUUGUGGGCGCCAAGGAGGUGCCCCAUGCCCAUCAUACCAUGACCCGUUUGAAUCCCAAGAUUUCAAGAUCAAAGAUCCACUGCGGAGGAGUCGCUUGCAAAUUCUGCCCAGACCCCAGGUCUCCGAUUGAAUUCAUCCUGGUCACAGUCUAUGCGCCUUUGGUGAGCUUGAAAGCAUUGGAGUCCGAAACUUCGAAGGACGACACCAAUAUGCUCGCCUUUUGGCUGACGUUCAGCAUCCUGUCGGCCCUCGAAAGCUUGUCCUACGGCGCGCUCUGGCUCUUCCCGUUCUACACCGAGGUGAGGUUUGCCCUUGUGGUGUACAUGCUCUUCUUCGAGGGGGGCAAAACCGUUUACAAAUCUGUCAUUGACCCGGCUUACCAGAAGGCGAAGAAGAAGAUCCCUGAGGAAUUGUUGGACAAGAUGCACAAGGACCCCAAGGGCUUCUUGAAGGAGAUGGCGGAGAAGGCAAAAGAAAAAGGCAUGGAAUUGGUGCAGCAGAUCCAGGCCAAGCAAGCUGAAGCUCCCAAAGCUGACAAGGGCGAAAAGAAGAAGGCAAAGCAGGUCUCUGCCUUUGUCAACCUGUUGCAGCUCCUGCGAAGCCCUGACAACCCUGUGCGAUCAGACGCUGAGAGGAGGUAUGCUGAUGCGUCCAAGACAGAUCCGCCCCGAGUUUUCGCUUGCCUCGGCAUCUCGGUGACCCAUCAAGAUGAGGUGGUGAGGAUUCAGGCCGGCACCCUGCUGCGAAGAGCUGCUCUGCAGAGUGAUGCUGAAGAUCCAUGGCCCAAGGCAAAAGUUGUGCACCCCUUGGUGCAAAGCAAUCUUCUCAAGGCCUUGGCCUAUGAACCCAGUUCAGCGGUGAGACGUGUUCUGGUGGCCGCCAUUGCAGUCAUUUCAGAGGCGGGUCCAUGGCCAGACUUGGUCCCAUUUGCCUUCAAGUUGAGCAAGGAAAAUGCCGAGGCUGCCAUUUGUCUGCUGUCUGAAAUCAUGGGCAGCCACGUGCAGGAGAUCAUGUCCCAGGGGGAGUUGGUGACCAUCGUGGACCAGGGCUUGGCUUUUCACGCGGCCAGCACGGUCAGCAUGAUCUGCCAGAUGGUUCCAGUAGUUCCAGCAGUGGAUCAGGCGAUUCGGCAGAUUCAGCAGAUUCUGCCGAAGAUGGAAGAUUCACUGAGAACUUUGGCUGGUGGAAGUGGAGGAAGUGGAGGAAGUGGAAGUCUUUCAACAGCUUUGCAGGCAUUGAUUGGGUUGGUGGAGCAUUCUCCUACUUUCUUCAAACCGAGAUACCAGACCUGGAUUGAUUUGAUGUUAGACUUUGCUUCUGCAUCUUCGUUGGAUUCUGCAGUGCGCUUGCUGUCUUUCGAAUGGGUUUCCACACUCACAGCCGCCAAGGGAUUGCUGAAGGCUGUGCCAGACUUGCCGGAGAAGGUCCUUUCGGUAGCAUUUCUGUUUCUUCGUGAAGUUGAUGAAAAUGCUCACGACGACGAGGACCUCCACAAGGAAGGAGAAGCUAAAGUCGAUUUCUUCGUGAAGAAAUUCAGCUUCAAAGUCACAGUGAAGCCUCUGAUGACUCUAACAGCACGGCAUGUGAGCGGAUCUUGGAAGGAGAAGGUAGCUGCUGCUAUGGCCAUCCGUGCUGCUGGAGAGUAUGCUGAUGACACUGCUGCUGAUCAAAUGGCAGAGUUUUUGCUGCAGUUGCUGGCAGAUAGCCAUGCCCGGGUCCGUUUGGCAGCAUUCUUCGGUUUGGGUCAGCUGUGUCAUGAUCGUAUCUCAAAUUUUCAUGAAAAAUGGUGUGACAAGUUCAUGCCUGCCCUUGUGCAGGGUUGCAACGACACAGAUGUCAUUGCAGUGAAGGCCAUCAGUGCAUUAGAAGCUCAUCUCCAUGGAUUGUCAGAGCAAGAAAUUCAACGCUUCUCAGACACACUGAUUUGUGUCUUGAUGCAGAAACUUCAAUCAACAGAUGAAGCGAUUCUGAUAGCAUCCUUGGAAGCUAUUGGGGCUUUGGCCAUUUCAUUGGACAGCUUCGAUUCUUACGAUUCAUUGGUUCCCCUGCUGUUGCGGGCCCUGGCCGGGGAGGCUGUUUCCCAAAGUCACCAAACGCUUCGAGAGAAGGCCUUCGAAUGCAUUUCCCUCACGGGUUUUGCAGUGAGUAAGGAGAAGUUUGCCCCAGCAGCUGCUGCGGCCUUGAAGUCGAUGUUUACCACGUCCAUCAGCCAACUGGGCCAACUCUCGGAUUGCACCAGUGAUGCCCUGAAACGGAUUUGCAAAGUCCUGGGGAAAGACUUCGCGGAUUUCCUGCCCUACUUUGUGCCCAAUAUCCUCAGAGUGCUUGAAACUGAUGUCUUCACCACGGACAUCCAAGGAGCAGGCGAUGAUGACUUGGUCGUUGCAGCCGGUGACACUACCAUCCGAGUGAAGACAGGGCAGUUAACCGAGAUGGUUGCGCUGCUGAAUAUCUUGGAAGUGUUUAUGAAGCACACAGCUGAGGGAUACAUCCAUCCAGUGGAUUUCGUGCGUCCAACCAGUGAAACUCUCACCAAGCUCCUGUGCAGCAAUCCAUCCAGCGAAGUCUCGCCAAUCACUUCCGAGAUACGUUCGGCCCUAUAUCCAUGCUGGGCAGAACUGGUGGGUCUAGUGACUCCCGUGAACCCUCAACUUGUCAGUGAAUUGGUGCAGAAUUUUGUAGACAAAGUAGGCUCAGAUCUUGUGAAGGCAGAUGAAGCUGAUGAGAUCGCAUCAAUGGCCAUGGGCAUUGUGACCAUCAUCAACCGCGCUGGGAUCGGCACCUUACGGCCCGAGCAGGUGAACAGCAUUUGCGAAUUGGCCGUGGCUGAGAUCCGUCAAUCCUUUCAACGCGAUGCUGCGGUGACGGAGACGACGGAGACGACGGAGGCCGAUUCUCAAGGCUCAACGGGCUCAACGGACUCAGCGGAAGAUGAACAUCAAUGCCGAACGGAGCUUUUGUCGAUGAUCACUGCCUGCAUGAAGGCAGAUGCUCGGACAUUCAUCGCAUCAACUUGGCAAACGCUACAGGCUCUACUGCAACAGUGGUUUGUUUCCUAUGGGCAGCUGGGGGGUAAAAAGUUGGCCUUACAUUUGGCCUGCGACAUCUGCCAGCACCUGGGUGAAGCUGUGAAUUUGUUGGCCGGCUUCAUGGAUCAGAUCAUCAAGGCGUUGACUUCUCGAAGUAAAGAGGAGCGGCACUGGGCUGCUUUCACAGUGAACUAUGCUGCCAGAAGCUCUGCCUUCAGUCCCUUUGCUGCCCAAGCAACGGAACGCCUCAAGGCACACCUGCAGGGGGACAGUGAGACUGCGGCUUUGCUCCAACUCUGUUUGACACAUCGGCAGUGUGCUGACAGCGACUGCUGGGCCAUGUGCCUUGCAGCGCUUCCGCUGAAGGUGGAGAUGGCUGAGUGCCGAAGGCUGAACAGUUGCCUCUUCACAGAGG